ACGUCGGCUUGAUAAUAGAACGGUGUCCGACGUCCGUCACUUCGUCCGCCGCCGCAGCAGCAUUAAAAUAAGAAUAUCGAUAUUAUAAAAAUAUAUAAUACAAAAAUAAUAACAUAAUUUACAUAAUUAUUACAAAAACAAUAUAACAAUAUUAUAAUAUCGGCGGCAUUAACGUCGUCGGACGGAUAUUCCGAUCUGCGGCUCACAUCACACGUCGACGCGAGCGCGCCGCGCGAUGAUUCACGAUCGAGACGAACGCCGCCGUCUGUUUUCGCACGAUCGCGCGGAUCUCGGCCGUCACUGAUAGCUCGCGCCGCCCGACCGCCGCACAGUGCGUCAGCGCGUGUGUGAGUGACGAGUUUGUGUGUAUGUGCGCCCGUGUACGUGUAUUCGGUGCAGUGCGUGUGCGUGUGUGCGCGCGCGUUAUCUUCCGUGUGCCGUUGGUGUCGUAAUAUUAUUAUUGUAGCUGCGGGGCCUCGCCGAUUGCAUAUUAUCAUUCGCCGUCUCCGCCAACGCCGAACGGCCGACCAUCCGACCAGCAAUUCGUCGAACCGACCGACCGACCGACGGUAUUGUUGUCACAUCGUGUCGUGGAACGAACAAGGAUGAGUACCAACAGCGAUAACGCCGCUAGGCUCAACGUGCCCGAUGAGUUGAGAGAGUUGCUGCUGGAUUUCACGAUCGGGUACUUGCUCGAGCAGCCCAACAACCUCAUUGACUAUGGCAUAGAGUUCUUUGAAAAACUUAAGAACACCAAGUCGUCCUCCAGUAUAAAGCAGCAGUCUGCUGGAGAUUUCAGCGACGAAGACGAUGCUUCAGACAUAGAAGCUCCACCAACACGUUAUAGUUCUAGACGUAAGUCAGUUUUUGCAGAAACAUAUAAUCCAGAAGAAGAUGAAGAAGAAGAGGGACCAAAUGUUGUAUUUCCUAAAUCUGAUGAUCAACGUCAAGCACUUGCAGCUAGUGUUAAAAAUAUAUUCAUAUUCAGGGCCUUGGAUCCUGAACAAAUGAAUAAUGUGAUUGAUGCAAUGUUUGAUCGUGAGGUACAUGCUGGAGAUGAUAUUAUAAAACAGGGUGAUGAUGGCGAUAACUUUUAUGUUAUUGAUAGAGGUACAUUUGAAGCUUAUGUCACGGAUGCAGAUGGUAAUGACCGUUUGGUGCAUACGUAUGAACAUAAAGGUAGUUUUGGAGAACUUGCAUUACUUUAUAACAUGCCCCGCGCAGCAACUAUUAAAGCCAAGUCAGAUGGUCUUCUGUGGGCUAUGGAUCGUCAAAUAUUUAGACGUAUUGUAUUGAAGAGUGCAUUUAAAAAGCGUAAGAUGUAUGAAGAGCUCAUUGAAGUGGUUCCUAUGCUAAAAACAUUACAAUCAUAUGAGCGCAUGAAUUUGGCUGAUGCUCUAGUCCCUAAAUACUAUCAAGACAAAGAUUGCAUUAUAAAUCAAGGUGAUCCAGGAGAUGGCAUGUAUUUUGUAGAGGAAGGCAUUGUUAAUGUAUUAGUAACCAGUGAAACUGGUGAACAAAUUAAGGUUAAUCAAAUAGAAAAAGGUGGUUAUUUUGGUGAACUAGCUCUUGUCACUCAUAAAGGUCGUGCUGCAUCAGUGUUUGCUGAAGGAAAAGUCAAACUAGCAUUUCUGGACGUUGACGCAUUUGAACGUUUGCUGGGUCCAUGCAUGAACAUAAUGCAACGGAACAUCGAGGACUACGAAAAUCAACUGGUGAAAAUCUUUGGCUCCAAGCAAAAUAUGACUGAUGUCCGAUGAAUGGUUGAUAUUUGACCUGUCGCUACGAUUGCGUUGUAUAUUCAUUGACCAUUUGUAGUUGUAUUUUUUUCUUAUCCUAACAAUGUUUGGUAAAUCAUUAUUUAUUAUUUUUCUUAAUUUACCAUUAGUUAAUAUUAUAUAUGAAUAUAAUUUAAACUUUAGAUACAGUUUCAUAAUACAAACAAUUACAAUCAAACAAAUUGACAUCACUUUUUGUAUACAUAACGUGUAUAUAAUAUAUAAUAAUUAUAUUGAUA